CCCGAAGGCGGAUACGAUCGCGAAUUGUGGUGGUGCCGCCAACAUGGGUCAGAUUGGAAAUGACACUCAUAUACUGUUGAUGGAUGCGUUCCUCCAGAACAACAGGCUGGAUCAUGUCUCUAGGGUGAUGGCCUCGCAUCCAACAUACUUGGAACACUUCCUGCGUACGCAACAUUUCAUCCUGAGAGGCGACGGUCCGCUUCCAUACGACUACAGGCAUCUGAUCGCCAUUAUGGCCGCAGGCAGGCAUCAGUGCAGCUAUCUUAUAAAUCUGCAGAAGGGAGAGUUCAUUCUCCAGGGAGGCGACCCAUCGUGGCUUCAAGGAUUGAAAUCGAUUCCCGAGAAGCUGCAGGAUCUCUAUGAGAUUAACAAGAUUCUAGCCCACAGGCCGUGGCUGCUGAACAAAACGCACAUAGAGAAACUGACUAAAGGCACGGACAGUUGGUCCCUGGCCGAAGUGGUCCACGCGAUAGUUCUCUUGGCCCAUUUCCACUCCCUUUCGUCUUUCGUAUUCUCCUGUGGUAUCAACGAGGAGCUGGACAACGUAGCCGGGCAUCAUUACAAACAGAACGUCCAGGAUAAUAGCAAUAAUCUACCAACUGCCAAAGACAAGAUUUCCAGUAGUCCCAAGAAGAUUCUCAACGGCGAUGGCAAGACUGAAACCAUGCCGUCACCGCCAUCCUCGCCCAGCAUAGUCGGCGAACAGGAGGUCGGCGUCGAGGCGCUUAUGGAGAGAAUGAAGCGUCUAUCCGAGAAGUCAGAAUCCUAUCAAAUCACCCAGGAGGAGCUGUCGAAGAGAUUCGAGACCGUCGAGACACAAUCGGCGGAGCUCGCAGCGGCGCCCCAGAGGAGUAGCUCGGUCCUCGACUCCGACAUCGGUCACUUCAUCGAGGAUCCGACCUUCAUCUAUCAAGACUUCGCCAAGCGCGGUCAACUGAACGACAUACCGACGUUCCGCGUGCAGGACUACUCAUGGGACGAUCACGGAUACUCGCUGGUAAACCGGCUUUACAACGACGUCGGUUACCUCCUCGACGACAAGUUCAAGACAGCCUACAACUUGACGUACUAUACGAUGGGCACGCACAAUAAGGUGGACACGUCGCGGUUCAGACGGGCCAUAUGGAAUUACAUUCAGUGCAUGUUCGGGAUCAGGCACGACGAUUACGAUUACAACGAGGUCAAUCAGUUACUCGAACGAAGCCUGAAGACUUUCAUCAAGAGCGCCGUCUGCUAUCCGGAACGCGUCACCAAAAGGGAUUACGAUCGCGUCAUGAGGGAGUUCAAGCACAGUGAAAAGGUCCACGUGAACCUGAUGAUCUUGGAGGCACGAAUGCAAGCGGAGCUGCUGUACGCACUCCGCGCGGUGAUGCGGUACAUGACCUAAACGGGGCAGGCGUUUAUCCCUUCGUCUACUUGCUGUCAGUCAGUUUGUCGUCGGUUUUUUUUUUCAAUCGUAUAAGCUCUCGCGCUGUUCACGGUUUCUCGCGAGGAGAACCGUCUUCGCGGACCUCUGCACACGACACGGAAGGAACGAGCGAACGCGACACCGAUUCUCUCUCUCGUACACAUACACACAUAAACAUAUAUACACACAGAAGAAACCACACAUUACACACGGUUGCAGCAUAUAAAAUGAUAUAUAUACAUAUAUAUAUAUAUAUAUAUAUUCCUCACACGGUACUACAUACACACACGGAUACUCUUAUGGUGAGGACAGAGACAGAAGAUUCACCUUACACGCAAGAAGCAAGAAAAAAAAAAUUCUGCCUCGCCAUGCCGAUGUGUCUUGGAUGAGACGUGGUCGCACGGUGUGUUGGCCGUUUGCUCGUCUCUGGUAACUUCAAACGAUAGGGAGAUCUUUGAUGAGUCAGUUGCUGAUCGAACGUGGAACAGAGAGAGAGAGAGAGAGAGGAAAGGAAAGGAAGAUUUAGUGUGUUUUUUUGUUGUUGUGAAAGACGCGCGGAGGACGACGCGGGAAAGACACGUUGCUCUUGGGACACGAUGAAAAACUGUGAACAUCCGCGGCAAGACAACGAGAGUAAACUUUCAGACAAGAAAGAAAAAAAAACCGUGUAACGAUCGCGCGUGGCAAAUUCGAUGAUGCACCGCGAUCGACGCGUGUUUCGCCGUCGCGUAUUCGGAACGCACGGUUUUUCUUUUCACGGAGACCCCUGGUGGGGAUCGGUAAACGAAGAGGAAGAGAUAGAGAGAGAAAGAGAGACAGUGUGACGUAAGCACGAAGAGGAGAGAGACGUGACACAAGCAAGUGUGGGAGAAACAGAGAGAGAGAGAGAGACAGAUUUAUCGUUUGUUUUGUAAAUAGACACUCGUAUUUUUCUAUGUUCGCGAUGAUCGUAGUAGACUGUUAUUUGCGCGUUUCGUUAACGUUUCAGAUCUGUUGAAGUUUAGCCCCCCCCCCCUCACCAUCCCCCUAUCAUCAAUUUUCUGCCUAAUGUCGCUCC